AAUCGCAAGUACAAAAAAACAGUCUUUUUGACAAAAGUGUCAUGUCACUUGUACUUUUUUUCCUGCUUUUAUUUUUGACAAAAAACGCAAACCCGGCUGAUUUAAAUGUGGGAACGACUUUAUUCACCAACGCUGACCGAGCCAAGGAGUGUUGGUCGUCGGAAAACGUGGCCUUAUUGUCAUCCCGGAUGAUCCUUGAGGACCUUUUACCCAGCACUUCAAUUCUUGUGAUAGAUUCCAACGAAUUCGUCACCGAUUUAGUGGAAUAUUUCCGCCUGAUCCUCGAAAUCGUGCGCAAGGAAACGCACGGCAAAACCAAGCACAUUACGUUGUUAGCACUGACGGAUUUGUUGGGCGGUUAUUUGCAUCAUGCCGUUCUCCCAAUCUCCAAAUACGCAUAUUACGCCGGCUUGAUUGAUUAUGACAGCAUGGCCACGCUUUUGGGGCUUUUUGACGAGCUUAAGUGGUUUUUGCGAACCAAUGGACAGGGCUGGGCUAAGCCCUUAUCCCAAAAUCUGGAAAAUUUCGAAAUCAGGCUGAUCCCGCUACAAUCCCCUAUACAUGACAAAGACGACUGCGAUAAUUUGAUGUUCGUGCACAAUGAAAAGCCCGAAAGCACGGAAAAGUCCCAGCAUUGUGACGCAACCAUCCCUUUGCCCUUUUUCGAUUCAAACACAAGACCUAGCGCUAUAGCCCUUCCAACUAAAUCGUGCCCUUUGCACAAUGUGGAAGCCAACACAUCGAGUUACCUGGUCAUGAAAUUCUUCGUAAUGUCGUACAAAUGUCUACAGUUGAAAAACACCAAGUCGGAGAAUAUCGAUAAGUUUCAGUGUGAUUUCGUUCACUGGAUUGACGAUCAAAUCAUGCCGCGGCUUCCUGACGAGAAAUUUUACGCCGCUUUUGGGGGAAUCCUCCGCGUGAGGAACACCCUCAAACGGCUAGGUGUCAGUUCGGGAAGUGUGGAAAAACAACUCGACGAUUUUCGCCAAGUAAUCGAAGAGGCGCAAAAACCAACAAACAAUGGCCGACAAAUGAGCCGCGCCGCCAUGAUACUCACCGCCGUCUUGAUCACGAUUUUUGUAUGGUUUUUGCUCGGUACCAUGUUCAUUUGUUACAGGAUGCGCCAAUCAAAACCGCGUUCAUCACCCGAAGGUGGCGAUAAGACAACGACGUGUUCAUCGCUUUGUUCAAGCAAAUACUUCUAUCCGGAGAAACUGAGCUCGAGCAACAAUAAGAGAGGCGGGCGCCAACAAAUCGUGAUUACGGGAUGUCGCUGCAAGGAGGAUGAUGACGAAGAUGAGGAUUUUACCACGAAUAGUGGCACUGUUAACGAUUCUACACGAACCGAUGGGAAAUUAACUUCGAUUACGGAAAAGUCCGAACCUACGAGUAAUACAACGGCGUCAGGGCCGUCAAAAAUUCCAUCGAAAGACAUGGAUUUGAAACCACAAAAGGCGCGAAACGAAGCUCCUCGGAGGAAGGGUAAAGUACAGAGACAGGUGUAUAUGGACUCGGAUACGGACUCGGAAUCGCCCGCCAAGUAGUCUUGAUUUUUAUUGUAUAUGUUUUACUAAAGUUUUAUUUUUACACA